GGCAAAAGGUGGCGCCAGCCCACUAGCCAACCAACGACCCGAGCGGUGCCGUCAGCCGGACGAGGAGGGCAGCGCCAAACGCCUUAGUUGCCGGCAAGGGCGGGCGGAAACGGAUCCUGUCAUUCGUGAGGCUCAGCCCAACCCGAUGUGGGGAAGCGCUUCUUCCCGCCUUCACUUCAGAGAGGGGAGAGUAACGGGGAUGAGCUCUGUGCCUAAAGACGCCCCGUCAGCCUCCAGGGCUAUGGUUCCUUUCUUCUUUUGACGCGGAGCUAGGCCCUGAAGGCGAAGCAGCCAUAUUGAACGAGGGCAAACUGUUAGGGCUCUUCUCUACACACAUGCGCAAAAAUCCACCUGUUCAUGCAAAGGGAGGAAGUGAUUUUGAGGUGAUGUAAAUUUCCUUCGCCGGAAAAGGAGUCUUUACAUGGAGAGGCUGUUGGAGACUGUUUCUGUCUAAAGUAUCUCUUGAAGUAUUAUGGCUGAGAGGUGGACCAAUGGACAUUCCUCUUCAAUAUUAUGUAUGAAUGUGAACAAAGAUGGUUUGGUGGCUUCAGGAGCAGAAGGAGGUGAACUGACCAUCUGGAGUGAGGAAGGGCAUCGAUUGGACCAGACAUGGCUCCAUAAAGCAGAUGAUGUUACUUGCAUUGUGUUCUCUCCUAUCUGUCCCAGAAGACUGUAUGCUUCUCAUGGGGAAACUGUUAGUAUGCUGGAUAUAAGGUGUCUCAAGGAGCCAGUUGAAUGUUUUCAUGUGAAUGAGGAAGAAAUCAAUUAUCUUUCAGUAAAUGAAACAGACAGACUUUUAGCUGUUGCAGAUGAUUCUGGAGCCAUAAAGAUAAUUGACUUGGAAAGCAAGAAUUUAAGCCGCUGCCUGAGAAGACAUUCAAAUAUUUGUACUUCUGCUGUGUUUCGGCCUCAAAGGCCUCAGUGUCUUGUUUCAUGUGGUCUGGAUAUGAAGGUUAUGCUGUGGAACUUGCAGAAAACUCGUCCCCUGUGGAUCAAAAACUUGCAAGAGGAGGAAUCAGAGGAUAAGUCAGCUGGCCGGCUCUUUAACCCUCCCCUGGUCCAUUCCCUGUCCAUUUCAACUUGUGGCAAUGUUUUUGGCUGUGGUGCUGAAGAUGGUAAAAUCAGAAUCUUCCAGGUCAUAGGUACCAAGUUUGAACAAACGAUGGCAUUUAAAGGCCACUCCUUAGGAGUGUCACAAGUUUGCUUUCUACCAGAAGCUGAAGCUUAUUGGCUGGUUACAGGAGGAAAUGAUGGCAAAGUGUUGUUGUGGAAUGUCAGCAAUGACCUAGGGAAACAGAAGAGUCCAGUCAAAACCAUUCACAGACGAAAGAUCAGGAUGCCCAACUCCACCAAGAAAGCUGACAAAAUGAAUGCAGAGUUUACAAAUGAGGGUGUACUGAUUUCACCAAAACUGACCAUUGAACAUGGAGAAAAGGUGAACUGGAUUUCAUAUGUGGAGGUUAAAGGCUCCAGGAGAGUACUUGUUGCUGAUCAGACUAGCAGUAUAUCUGUCUAUCCUAUUGCUGAGCCUUAGACAUAACUGUCCGAUUGGGCUAAAGUGUUUCUAUGAUGCACCUUUUCCUUUAUUUACCUCCAAUAAAUUAAACUAGCUGCAGCUAAAAUAUUGCUAAAAUGUAUUUAUUUUGAUAGUUGAUAAAGCUAAGUUACUGUUUCAGUACUGGGGAACCUUGUGUUAAACUAUGUUAUGCUUAUUGCUGGUGAGCUUGCAAUGAAACAUGUCAGUUGCAAGACUGUGGGAGCAAUUGUACACUGAUCUACUUAGAAACCUACUCAAGUCUGGUCAGAGGGGCAUACCCCCAGGAAAGUAUUAUUAAGACUGCACUACCUUUCAUGAUAAAGGUGUAGGAGGGUUUAAAUCAUGCACAGCUUUGUUAGUGGGAUUGAUCCAAAGCUAGAAGGAAAAGUUGAAGAGAAUGUUUAAACAGCUAUGUAUUUUUUCUUUUCUAAAAAGCUUGUAAACUAUUCACAAGAAAACUGUCAGUGACUUUCUUUGCUCCAUUCUUUUAACACCCUGGUAAUUUGUAUUUUGUCCCAUUUUAAAGAAAGCACCAAGAUAGUAGAAACAGACACAAAAGUGCAGAACCUUGUUUGUUUGUUUUUAAGAAUAUAUCCGUCCUGGCUUACUUUUAUUUCUGAUGUUGCAGUUAUUGAACUACAUGUUACAAGGUUUUGGAAUUGUGAGCAUUUAACUGUCUUUGUUGAUGUCAAUCUACAGACACAGAGUUUCCACCAAAGGAGUAGAAUCAAUAGGGUUUGUCCUGAGGAGUGGCAUAAGAUUAUAUUAUUUCACCUACCCAUAUGCUUCAGUAUUUAUGAAGCCAGUGAAUGGGGUUGUCUGGAGCUUCAAGGUUGGGUGUCAUCAUUAUGCAGAUUACACCCAGCUCCAAGUCUCUAGAUACCACUGUCUUGACUCUGAACUGGUGGUGAGGCUGUGGUUAGAUGGCUAAAGCGAAAUAAGCUGAACAUGAGUCUAAAGAAGACAGAGAUGAUGCUGGUUGUGAAGGCUGAUGUUUUAGAGGGGUUGGAACCCCUUAUAGUGGAUGGAGUGGAGUCCAUGUUUGUAAAGUAGCGUAAGAGCUCAGGGGUACUCAAGGACCCAGCCUUGCUGUUUGAUAAGUAGGUUAGCUGAGUGGCCAAGCGUGCCUUCUAUCAGCUGCAUCUGGUUUUCCAAAUCUCUCCUUUUUUAGAUUCAACCAAUCUGGCCUUGCUGAUCCAUGCUUCUCACAUCUAGAUUGCUAUAAUGUGGUCUACAUUGAGUUGCCCUUGAAGACAAACAGAAAACUACAACUGGUUCAGAAUGUGACAGCCUGAUAGAGGCUAGCCAAUUGGAAUAUAUCUCAGCCACCUGAAAACAGCUGCAUUGGCUGCCAGUUUGUUUCUGAGUCCAAUUUAAGGUGCUAGUUAUGACCUUUAAAGUCCUUUACAGCCUCAGAUCCAGAUAUCCAAAGGUCCAUCUCCCCCAUAUGACCCUGUGUGCUGUGGUCCUCAGGCAGCCACUUUACUGGCUGCUUCCCCCAAUCAGGUCCUUCAAUGGCUACUGUCUGUGGUGACUCCAUAUACAGAGGCAGCAAACUUCUGAAUACCAGUGCUGGGAUGCAGCAGGACGGCAGGGCCUCAGCCCUUAUGCCCCGUUUGUUUGACCUUCCAGAGCAACUAUCUAAAAGCAGUAUGCUUGAUAAUAAAAAGGGAGUACAAGUUCUACGGGCCUGGAGCAUUUUAUAUUUGUGGAUGAUUUAACCAAUUACUAAGACUUUCAAUUUGUGAGUUCAAAGCUUCUAUGUGCAGAAGUACUUUUACACGAAUUUUAUCAUGUCUGGUUGUUUUCUAUAAUGUUGAAAGACUAGGAUUUUACUGCUAUCUUAGUAUUAAAGAAUUUGGCACUAUGACAAAUGUAAUAUACAAUUGCACUAAUACCUUAAAAUGAUAAGCAUUGAAUCCUGCAGAUUCUUUUACCCAAUACACCAAUAACUAAAUAAUUGUUUUUCAAAAGGUAUAUUCAGCACAAGCAGCAUAAAUGAAAAAAUAAA